AGGACGGGCGUGUGAGUGCACUCCCCUUCCCGCCCUCCUCGGUCAAGUGACCGCGUCACGUCAGCCGGCAAUGGCGGAAGUGCUGCGCGGUGGAGCCGAAUUCUCUUUGCUUGUGUGUUUAAUAGUGAACUACAAUCAUGGCAGCAGUCAGUAAUGAGCCCCACCAUGCUGUGGAUCCUGGAAGUUCGAAGCUGCAGUUUGCUCCCUUCAGUAGUGCCUUGAACGUAGGGUUCUGGCAUGAACUAACCCAGAAGAAGCUCAAUGAGUACCGACUAGAUGAGACUCCAAAAGUUAUCAAAGGAUACUACUACAAUGGCGAUCCAUCAGGUUUCCCAGCUCGUUUGACGUUGGAAUUUAGUGCUUUUGAUAUGAAUGCUUCAAUACCAGCACGUUGCUGUCCUGCUUUUGGAACGUUGCAUAAUACCAACACUUUUGAGACUUUCAAGUCCUGUGAUAAAAAAUCACUUUUGGAAAAAGAAGCAAAUGAGAUAUGGGAAUCAAUAAAAUCUGGAGCUGCACUUGAAAACCCUAUGCUCUUGAACAGGUUCCUGCUGUUGACAUUUGCAGAUUUGAAAAAAUAUCAUUUCUAUUAUUGGUUUUGCUACCCUGCUCUCUGCUUCCCUGAUGGAAUACAUAUAAUUCAGAAACCAGUCUGUCUUAGUGACAGGUUCUCUUUAAAUCAGAUUCAAGCACUUCAGAAAGCCUAUGAUGAACUUUGCCAGACAGAAGGGGUUACAGCCCUUCCUUAUUUUUUAAUCAAGUAUCACGACAAUUCUGUGGUUGUAUCUCCACUCAAAAAGUGGGAUGGUUUCUUCCAAGACCAAGGGGGAAAGGUGACAGUUGGAGUUUAUGAUCCGUGUAAUUUAUCUCACUAUCCAGGAUGGCCACUACGAAAUUUCCUGAUAUUGGCAUCGCAUAAAUGGGGCAAUAUUAUCCAGUCCAUUGAAGUGCUCUGCUUCAGAGACAGGACCAUGCAAGGGGUGAGAGACAUAACGCACAGCAUUAUCUUUGAAAUAAAACUUCCACAAGGAGCACUUGGCCCAGAUUGUCCAAAAGCUGUUGGAUGGGAGAAAAACCAAAAGGGCGGCAUGGGUCCAAGGAUGGUCAAUCUCAGUGAGUGUAUGGAUCCAAAAAGGUUAGCAGAAUCGUCAGUGGAUCUUAAUUUGAAAUUGAUGUGCUGGCGGUUGGUCCCUACUCUUGAUUUGGAAAAAAUUGUGUCUGCCAAGUGUCUGCUGCUGGGAGCUGGUACUCUGGGCUGUAGUGUGGCAAGGACUUUGAUGGGCUGGGGAGUCAGGAAGAUUACAUUUGUUGACAAUGCAAAGAUUUCAUACUCCAACCCAGUAAGACAGCCCCUGUAUGAAUUUGAAGACUGUCUCAGUGGUGGGAAGCCUAAGGCUCUUGCAGCAGCGGAGAGACUUCAGAAAAUCUUUCCAGGAGUGAAUUCAGAAGGCUAUAACAUGAGCAUCCCUAUGCCAGGCCAUCCAGUGAAUUUUUCAGAAGUAACAAUGGCACAGGCUCGGAAGGAUGUGGCUACACUUGAAGAGCUUAUUGAUGCUCAUGAUGUUGUUUUCCUACUAAUGGACACUAGAGAGAGUCGAUGGCUUCCUGCUGUUAUUGCAGCCAGCAAGAGGAAGCUGGUCAUCAAUGCUGCCCUGGGGUUUGACACGUUUGUUGUUAUGAGACAUGGACUAAAGAAACCCAAACAGCAAGAAACUGGCAAUGCAUGUUUCAACACAGCCCCUGGUCCUUCUGACCUUUUGGGUUCAUCGCUCUUUUCAAAUAUCCCUGGCUACAAACUGGGUUGCUAUUUCUGCAAUGACGUCGUGGCACCAGGGGAUUCUACCAGGGAUAGGACAUUGGAUCAGCAGUGUACAGUGAGUCGACCUGGAUUAGCCAUGAUAGCUGGAGCUCUUGCAGUGGAAUUAAUGGUUUCUGUUUUACAGCAUCCAGAAGGUGGUUAUGCUGUGGCCAGCAGUAGUGAUGAUAGAAUGAAUGAGCCACCUACUUCUCUUGGACUUGUUCCUCAUCAGAUCCGUGGUUUUUUAUCAAGAUUUGAUAAUGUUCUUCCAGUCAGUUUGGCGUUUGAUAAAUGCACAGCCUGUUCCCCCAAAGUCCUCGAUCAAUAUGAACGUGAAGGAUUUAAUUUCCUAGCUAAAGUUUUCAAUUCCUCGCAUUCCUUCUUGGAAGACUUGACGGGUCUUACUUUAUUACAUCAAGAGACACAAGCUGCUGAGAUCUGGGACAUGAGCGAUGAUGAAACAGUCUGAAAAUCAGCUGAAUAAGGUGGAAGAUGACCUACUUUGAAUUGCAUUGGCUGCCAAAUCUGUUACUCGACAAGUUAAUGAUUGCUUACCCAUUCUGACUGCAAUGAAUAUGGACAAUUGUAAACCACAUACUGGCAUGAAUAUCUUCACUGUAAAAGCAGUAUUUUCUGGAUAGAACUCUUCAUAUUUUCAUUUUUAUUAUGUAAAUAACAAAAGUAAUGUGAUUAUGUUUAGAUAUUAUUCCUUUUUUUUUUUUUCCUUCAUCCAUUUUCUUAAUAAGACAUAUAUAACAUUUGCUGCUUUAGUAAACUUUGCUAUUUCAUUUGUUCCAUCUUUUAAUUUUGCUUGUCAGCAGACAUGUCUAAGCAGCAUGUCUGAAUGUUUUUUCUUCAUCUUUCCAACACUUGGGCACCUUUAAUUGGAGUUUGUUAUUAAGAUUGAGAAUAUUCUGUUGGGAAAUAAACUGCAUCUUUAUUUACAGAGGAGCAGGAGUAGGUUAAAAACCUACACUUGCAGUGUAUUUCACAUUGCUUUCUAUUGCAAAGUAAAUAUUUAUAGUGCAAUUUGAUUCCCUUUUCUUUAUUGUAGUAGAUUGUCAUUACCUGUGUCAACAGAGAAGUUAUUCUCUGUAAAGAUUUCAUUAUUUCAUACUAUGGAAGAAAUGUGGUUUGACUUAUACAGGAAAGACUAAAAUGGAUCUGUAUCAUACUUAUGCUUCUCUGAAGUUUAGAGAAUGUUUUAUUAUGUAGUAAAAAUUGCUUUCAGGAUGAAUCAUUGAUUCAUUAAAAACUUGUAGUUAAAUGUAUUACUACAAUAAGACAUUGAUUUUCUAACUGUGCCAGACAUCUUUACAGGUGUUAAACAACAAUUCUGGUCUUCAUUUUGGCUGGAGUUUAUUUCAGUUUCUGCAGCAUCAGGAAUGUCUUCAGAUAUUGUGGCUGAUACUGUGAGAAUCUUUGAUGGGUUCUCAAGAAUUUGUAAGAAUGAAUUUGUAAAAUAUCAAAGUAACUUACUACAAAACUGAAAGCCAAUCUAUUGGGUUUUAUCUUGCAAUAGGAUUUAGAAGUAUAAUUGAAAUUCAUUUUAAGGCUUUAUAUUGUGGAGACUGUGGACUAACUUGCUCAGAAAAGAAGGCAGAACUGCUUUAUGAGGCAAAUGGUCUUUAUUUCUAUUAUACAUUAUGAAAAUUAAUUGACCAUCUAGUCAAUCCAAUUAAUUUAGCUUGGUUUAUGUCCUUUAACACAAGCUCUGAAUAUCUGGUGCAGAUAAUUUCACAGCUUCUGUCUUAGGCCACAUCAGAGGAUGUUCUGUCAAAUUCACCAACAAAACAAGGACAUCUGCAGCUCCUAUAUUCCCAUGAUAAAGGAAGACUCACAGAAACAUGUUGAGGUUAUCAUUAGUUGUUACAUGUAUUUCUUUUUGUGAUCACUAAAGUAGCUUUGAGCUCUAAUGUCCUGUUUACCUAACUUCAUUGUAAUAUAUAUAUAUAUAUACAUAUAUAUAUAUAUCUGAAUUAAAUAUAUUUUUGAUAGGAAACUGAUCUUUUGGUGGUCAGGUAGUGAUCAGUAAGAUUGAUAACAUGUGAUAUGCAUAUUUAAGUAGUUGAUCAACAUACAGAAUUACCUAUGAGCUGUACGAUUGGCAUUCUGUAGUUCUGAAAUCAUGUAUUGGUACUGGGUAGUUAAAAGGGAAAGACCUGCGUUUUUAUCUUUUGGAAUUGCUGAGUGUAAAAGUCUUAACUGCAGUCUUUGAUUACCUGAAACUUUAAAACUGGACAUCUUUCUAAGAAUCUGAUAAACAUUAAUAGUUACUUUAAAUAUCUAAAACUUUGAUUACCUGUUAAAGUUACUUUCAAUUUAAAGAUGCAGUGUAUCUGUUUAAUUGCGACAGUAUGCAAGAUCUAAAGGUUUGGAAUUCAGGGUUAAUAUGAUGUUUCCUUACCUCUCUAACUUCAGUAACAUGCAGUUCUGAGGCUGAGCUGCUUGUUGUACAUAUGCUCCCCAGAUGUCCCUGAUGUUCUGAAGCACUUCAGUGUGUCUCGGAAUAACUUCCGUUGUCUAACUUGAAUGUUGCCUUCUUCCCCCUUGUGGAACAAAAUGGUUCUUAUUCUGUUUUUAUUCAAUUUCUAGGCAUUAAUUGAGUGAGAAAUCAUAAGAAUAAAUAGAAAUGAAUUGCUGUUAACAUUUCCAUUACUGAUCAAGUUCAAAUAACAUUAUCAGAUAAGCACAUUUAUUCACUGGCCUGUAGGUAUUUAACGGAAGGUUUUUGGCACUGCCCUUUCAACUCAUAGAAUUGUUUUGGAUAUUCUUUGACAACACUGUCAGUGCUCCCAGCAACUGUUUGUCUGAGCUUCACGUACCAAGUGUAUUUUAGUCUGUUUAGUCAGGCCAGGCCUCAUCUGCAGUUGUACCUUCUUACAGGCACUUCCUUCAAUUUGGGAAUAGAAAGGGGCUGUCAAGAUUUCUGAACGAGUUUCCUGGCUGGCAGGGAGUAUACACUGUGUUAGCAUUUGCUAUAGAAGUCUAAAUGCCUGCUCCAACUUGCUUUUUGAAUAGAUACUUAGAUAGGAUGUUGAUAUGAAGUACAAUGGACUUUGCCUCUGUAACUGAAGGUCACAUGCAUAGAGUGUUUUACUGCUGCAGAUAAAAAGUAUGAUUUUUUAUUCAGUCAUUCCGUUUAACUUCCCUGCUGUCCCAUGCAGUUACUUUCUGCUGUUCUUCAGCAGCCUCGGAGCACCCAGUAAUUCAGGCUUAUUUGUUUUUCAGCAUCAGACACUUGAUUUUUGUAUGAUCUCACCAGAAUAAUUCCUUUUUCUUUUUUUUUUUCCUAAUUUAUUUGUGAAAUGAUUUUAUCCACUACAUAGAAAACAAACAGGAGGCGUUAUUCUUUCUCACAGAGGAGGCCACUAAUGUUUUCCUCACUUGGUUUUUUGGUGUAGUGCUUGUACUCUUAAAAACCUUCAGUUUGGCGUCCCUGCCGAGAUGAGGCAGUGCUGAAGGAGGUUGGUGCAUUUGAAAUGAAAGCUGGCUUCUCAUUUCUGGAAUAAUUCUACUUGCUAAAUCAAACCAGUGUGGGCUAAAACUAUGUGGAGAAAUGCUGCUGAAAUUGUUUCCAUGUCUUGUCAAACAUGGACCUGGAAGAACUGAUGGGCACUGAAGGCUCCAAGUCUUCCUUGUCUUCUCUGAGUGUCUUUGGACCUCUGGUAUUUGACAGCCAGGAAAUCACUGUCUUCUUCCCACAUCCUCCCAACCCCUGUGAAUAUCUCCUCCCCAGUCUUCCCCUCCCGGGUAGCAGAGGAUGUGGAUGGACAAGCAAAUUAAUUUCUAGUCACAGAUUUCUUUGCAGUUUGUGUGAGAGUGAGAGAAAAUCCGUAAAGCAGUUGUGAUUUUGCUUGAGGGUUUUGCUUUGUCUUUAAAUGUCUCUGUUUUCAUUUCACGCUUGGAAGUCUGACUUUCAUACAGCAUUUCUGUAGGUGUUCCCACUUCCUCAGGAACCUGUGACUCAGGCAGCGUAUAAAUGAAAUGACAUCACUGGCAACUUUUGUUUGAAUUGCCUAUUUCCUAAAUAGGGACUGUUGUGGGUUUUUUUUUUUUUUUCUUUUAAUACUUGCAUCAUUGUUUUCUGUUUUGUUUUGUUUUAUGAGAGAGGAAGGGGAAAUGGGGGGGUUUUGAUUGUCUAGGGCUAUUACAAGUAACCAACUGAAUGUGUUUUAUCCUUCUGAAUUGAAAUCAACAGUGCUGAAGUUUACUUAAAGCAGGAGAUUAGCAUUUCUACGCAUAGUAUUUUAUGAAUGAAAUCUUUGUAAUUACUGUGUUAGCAGAGCUUCUGUUGGUAAAAAGCAUUCUCAAUUUACUGCUGAUGUGCUGAGAGAGGGAUAGGGGGCAAACAAGCAAAACCUGAGCAUAUUUCCCAAGUAUUGUUUUGGAAGUAAUGCAAACAAAGGAGCUGUUUUUGUACUACUGGUUAAGCUUCCAUUUUAAGGACCUCCCUUGCUGCUCCCUCACUACUGUGUACGCUACAGGAGACUCUUGGUAUGUUUCAGGCUUUCCUUCCCUGCAACAGAUAUUUUUCAAUGAUAUCACUCUAUAAAUAUGUAGUUAAAAUGUGAAGACCUGGAGGAAAAUGUACUUGUUAGCAGAGUGUCUCUGAAGCAGGCAGCAGUGUUGGAUAUAGCAGGCGUGGUACAGGGAAACCUUCAGCAGCUGUGUUUCUUCUUUGGACAAAAUUCCCCAUGACGUCACUUCAGGAGUUGGCUGUUAAACCGUGAAGAGUAAUGUCAGGAAUUAUUGUCAUCAGAGGAACGUGAAGAGUUGGAUGUCUGUCUAGAUCAUUUAUUCAUAGUGCUGCGGGACAGGCUAUAAAAGCAUUGCAUUCAUUUAUUAUUGUCAUGUGCAAAGGAUCACUGUCCUUUUGUUUAAAUAGCAACAGCUUUGGGACUUCAUGAGACAUGAAUGUAACAGAACAUUAAAAGCACAGCAGAGUCCUUUUGGCUAUGCUUUGAUUUUAUCAGUUCUUACCAAGUGGACAGUCACUUUGUGGUUGUGCCUUAAGGGAAAACUGAGAUAAGGUCUGUGUAUUUGGGGAGGUGGAGUCAGUGGCUACUACCAUAGGUUGUGGUUUUCCUUCUGACUGUGUGAGUUCAAGUCAAACUUCAGCAUAAUUAAGAGCCACAUCAUUAAAGUUAUUGCACUAAAGGAAAGCACUAAACCAAAGACCUGGGAGGGGAGAUAAGGGAGAUGGGGGGGUGAAGGAUGAGUUUUGUUUUUUUCUUAGUAAUAUAGAUGGCCUGGUAAUUUCUUGUGGGUUUUUUUUGUGUGUGUAUGUACAUGAGCUUUUUUCCUUCUUUACUUAAUAUUUCAGCCUUCCUUCCCAAAGUUUCUGUUCAGCCUCCUUUGCCCCCUUUAUAUUCUAAAUGACCUUUGUGCAGGCAUCCUGUAUGCUACUAAUGAAAACUCUUACUGAAGUUCCACCCGAUGUCUAUUGGAGCAAUGAUUACAUGUUAUUAUUGAUACUAAGUCAGAAACGCUUUGAGAUGAUAGAUGCUCUAAAUGUAACAGCAUUCCAGUUAUUUGGUCACAUAGACAAAAAACUAUACCUAUUUUUUCCCCACUUUAAUUAAAGUAUUUACUGUUGAAUGUCUCUUGCUUGCCAAAUUAGGUAGUAGUUGUGGUUUUAUCUGCUGCAGUAGUUUGGAAUGAGUGAGCUAUGCAUACCCUGCCUUGUGACCCACGCAGGGUAGGAGCUGAUGUAUGGAACAAUGUUGGACCAACAUUUGAGUUAACUAGGCAAUAGAACAGCAGGUGAGUAACAGAUCAUACAGGUAGAUCUCUAACAUUGUCUAUGAAUGCCUUUUAAUUUAAUCAGUUUGGUCAUGGAGUUGGUGAAGUUCAUUUGUCUCCAUUUUUGGAUGCCCAGAGCCAGACAUCAGUGAUGUCUUAAACUGGGUUGCAGAAUUCUGAAGGGAUUUCCCAUGUAAAGGUAACCUUUCACUAUUAAGCAUGUAUUUUGAAAAUUUUAUGUGUGUAGAGGAGAAAUAAAUAAACCAGUUGCUAACUUUUAAA